AUGCGACAAUGCCUGCAGUUCUUUGCACGGCGAAGAGCUGCAUUAAGCACCCCUUCUGCCUUAUCACAAUUCCCUCGCAAUAAAUCCCAUCUACUGCGGACCUUUGCAACCUCCCCUCUUGGACUCGCAUCCAAUCCUCCCACGGAUCUCGAAAGUCGCAUCGCUGCCAUCCCUAUCGAUCGAUUUCGUAAUUUCUGCAUCGUUGCACAUGUUGACCAUGGCAAAAGCACUCUUAGCGACCGCCUCUUGGAGCUGACGGGCACGAUUAAGCCUGGAUUGAACAAGCAGGUCCUAGACAAACUAGAUGUUGAAAGGGAACGAGGAAUUACUGUCAAGGCUCAAACAUGCUCCAUGAUCUACAGUUACAAAGGAGAGGACUAUCUGCUCCAUCUUGUCGAUACACCCGGCCAUGUUGACUUCAGAGCCGAAGUGUCACGUAGCUACGCCAGCUGCGGUGGUGCCCUUUUGUUGGUGGAUGCGAGUCAGGGUGUUCAAGCCCAGACUGUUGCAAAUUUCUACCUGGCAUUUUCUCAGGGAUUGUCGUUGAUUCCAAUCAUCAACAAGGUAGACCUACCACAUGCCGACCCUCCCAGAGCCUUGGAGCAAAUGCACGAGACAUUUGAACUGGAUCCAGAAAGCGCAGUUCUGGUAUCUGCAAAGACGGGGCUCAAUGUGGAAAACAUUCUUCCGGCAGUAAUCGAAAAGAUUCCAGCACCAGUCGGGGACCAUACAAAACCCCUCAGAUUAUUUCUCGUAGACUCGUGGUAUUCAAGUUAUAAAGGGGUCAUUUUGUUGGUACGAAUAUUCGACGGAGAGCUUCGAGCAGGCGACAAUAUUGUUUCCUUUGCCACUGGUCUGAAAUAUACCGUGGGAGAAGUUGGCAUAAUGUACCCCGAUCAAAUACCUCAAAAAGUUUUACGUGCCGGACAAGUGGGUUAUGUCUCUUUCAAUCCUUCCAUGAGGAAAAGCAGUGAAGCCAAAAUUGGGGAUACAUAUACCAAAGUCGGGCGGCAAAAAGAAGUGGAACCACUCCCUGGAUUCGAGGAACCAAAACCGAUGGUCUUUGUUGCAGCUUUCCCCGUUGAUCAGAGCGAUUUUGAGCAUCUUGAAGACAGCAUCAAUCAGCUGUUGCUAAAUGACCGCAGUGUGACCAUCCAAAAGGAAUCGUCACAGGCGCUUGGUGCAGGUUUUCGACUAGGAUUCCUCGGCACUCUGCAUUGUUCUGUUUUCGAAGAUCGGCUUCGGCAAGAACACGGGGCAAGUAUCAUCAUUACACCGCCUACUGUGCCGUUUCAAGUCGCGUACAAAAAUGGCCAGGAAGUGGUGAUCACAAAUCCAGCUGAUUUUCCCGACAGCGAGGAGACCAGGCGAAAUGUCACGCAGCUACGAGAACCCUUUGUAUUGGCAACUUUGACAUUUCCGGACGAAUACCUUGGAAAGGUAAUGGAACUUUGCGAGGGAAAUCGUGGGGAGCAAAAAUCAAUGGAAUACUUCACCUCCUCCCAAGUCAUUCUCAAGUAUGAGUUGCCGCUAGCUCAACUUGUUGAUGAUUUCUUCGGAAAAUUGAAAUCAGCAACCAAAGGCUAUGCAACACUCGACUAUGAGGAUGCGGAUUGGCGAGUCAGCAAUAUUGUGAAGCUUCAGCUUUUGGUGAACAAAGAACCCGUCGAUGCCAUUUCACGUGUGAUGCACUAUUCCCAAGCUCGGCGCGUGGGCAAACAAUGGGUUGAAAAGUUCAAAGAACACGUUGACAGGCAAAUGUUCGAGAUCGUCAUCCAAGCUGCCGUGGGAAAGCAAAUCAUUGCACGAGAAACAUUGAAGCCUUUCCGAAAAGAUGUCCUCGCCAAAUUACAUGCCGCCGACAUUACCAGGCGGAAAAAAUUGCUGGAAAAACAAAAAGAGGGUCGCAAGAAGCUGAAGGCUGUCGGUAACGUGGUCAUCGACCACACUGCUUUCCAGGCGUUCCUUGCCAAAUAG